GCCACUGCACUUAUUCAUGAGAUAUGGGUUUUCAAGAUCCAUCACACUAAUUGCUGUUCAACAGUUUAUUUAGUGUUGAGGGACGACAUGAGUUGGUUUUUGAGGGAUGCAAAGAGAUUGUUCUUGAUUAUUAUUUAUUUAUUUAUGUUUUAAUCUUACUUUUAAAUCUUCUGCCUUGUUCACUUCCCUUAUUCCUCUGAAAUUUUUUAGUUUUCGUAAGAAGGAGCAGUCACAGUUCCAGAACUGGAGUGAAGAAAGGACAGCAGAAAUGAUUCGCGAUUCUCCAGAUAGUAGAAUGUUUCGCAUGCCUUUACCCUAAACCUGACAUUAUACAUCCUUCGGUACAACCAAUGCUUAGUCGACCAUUUAUUUUUACGUACUUGAUCCAAUUUGAGACAAUGUGAUAAUAAAUGUAAUGCAAAUCUUACGACGAAAGCCGUGUUACACCGUCAAUUCGUCAGUUGUGGAGAACUCAAUAGUCCAUAAUUAGGACUGGUAGAGCAAUCACUCUUGUAAGGCCGCUCUUUUUGGACAGUUAAUGCAAGGCGUAUGUGGGGAUUCUACACUUGCUCCACUUUUAGGGGGCAGGCAUCAGAAAUUGACGUGUUCUUCAUGAGGUCCCCCCCAGGAUAGAAAUAUGGAUGACCUUCAUGAUCAAGUAUAAAGACUCGUGCAGACUUGGGUUGCGCCAAGAACUCUGCCCAUCUUAAACAUGUUCCAUCCAACAUAUUAUUCGACUUCUUUGUAUUGUGGAGUGGAUUUGGCAACGAUGAUUUAGGUGAAGUUCAUUCAGGAGGGGUGGAGAAAGAUAUCGAGGGAACAAAAGAAAGAGGGAAUGAAAGAGCGCAUCCUUUGCAACUGCAAGUGAAGGUAGUUGCCAGCUGAAUCCCACACAUCUUACCCCUCCUCUCGUCUCGGUGAUAUGGACCAGAGCUCGGCCGUAGUCACAAUUAGGGCAAGUUUCACAGUCAACUUCAGUCUGCGUGUAACUUCUUCUUGACCUGCACUAGCUUCUUGUCGAUGAGAUAUUUAGUCCACAUCAUUUUGCAGGAAAUUGUUGAAGUUAGGAGUGAGAGUGAUGAUCUGUUGAGGGGGUUAUCAAUAAUGAUGAAGCUUCUUGUUACGACGGUGGAGUGGGUAGCCAUUCCUAAUUAAAUGUCGACAUGGUGGCAGGUUGGGUUGCAGAAUGUGGAUUGCAGUGAGCUUCGGAAUGAAGCUUGAGGGCAGAAGCAGGAGAUAGGUUGUAGUAGCCAGGUUUCUGUUCUGAGCGGUUUGUCAAACUAACUAGAAUGGGUGUAUUGGUAUCAUAACCUUCAUAGCGACCAGGAUCGGCUAGGGUUUUGUUGGAAUUAUGUUCAGCGAAUACGAAAUUCAGUGUUGCUAUUGCUAAACUCAUUGGAGAAUCUGCAGGCUGUGUUCAUUCGGUAAAGGACACAACGUGAGUUGCAGAUACUAGAUUAGGAUUUCUAAGUCGUGCCUUGACCAUAUCAUAGUGAAUUUUUGCUCGUCACAAUGGUGGAGUUCUGCUGCAAUAUUCCUGCCUUAAACAACAUCACUCAGAAUCCUAAAAUCACCGCAUGGAACAGCUACCAACUGAGGAAUCUAAUGCGCAGCAAGCAGGGCGAUGAAAUGCAGAUAGUCAUAAACCACAUGGGAGAACUGUCUGCUAUUGCUCAGCGGUUACGUAGUCCCAUUACCACCAUAAGUCGUCUUUUGCAAAGCUUUCAGAAUCUUUACCUUCUCACAAGCAACGUCCUGGGGAGUUCGACUCAUAUUCUUGCUCAAGGUAUACUUAAAGUUGGUCGGAAGAAUCUCUUCAUUUGGAGAAACGGUGUUCAGCUUGUGGAGAUGUCACCCCUUUGCGUGCUGGAUUUUUAUGUCCACGAGUCCUGCCAAAGGCAGGGGCUGGGUCACAAAUUGUUCGAAUUCAUGCUAGAGCAAGAGAACAAGCGGCCAUGCCAGCUUGGGUAUGACCGACCCUCCAGCAAGUUGCUCUCUUUUAUGGCAAAGCACCACAAUCUAAGUAAAUACGAGAGUCAGACAAACCAAUUUGUAGUGUACGAUAAAUACUUCGAAGAUGUGGACAAUGGGGCAUUGGGAAAGAAGGAGAAUAGUGAGAAGGAACCGAACAGAAUGGCCGUUGUUGGGAAAACGCCCAGAGAGGAAACAGACAGUCACGGCCGUUGGGCAUGUCCGCAAGCAUGUGAUGCAGAAGAACCAUACAACUUAAAUCACCCUUCUAGAAGCCGGCUUGAGAUUGGUGACGCCAAACCGAGUCUAGAUCUGAAGGAUACACCUCGGCAACCUUCGUAUCAUAGAGGAAGUACAUGGCGAAUCAAACAAGACAAUCCAGAGAAAGUUUCAUUAGAUUCCCCUUCUAUUGCAGACCCCCAGAGUUAUCUAAAUUCGCCACCUAAGACUGGACGACGAUUCAAGAAUGCCUACAGAGGGGAACAAAAUGAACAGGGAAAAACUUUGCUACAGCUUCAAACUUCAAAUCCCCGAAGCAGUGAACCGAAAAUUUGGGGAGUUUCUCAUGAAACUGCCCUUAUACCUUGCAACAACACCUGCGGAUACGAUGCGUCACGUCAACAUAGCGAAAUGGGCGAGGAGGAACGAAUGAGCAUUCAUUGUCCCUGUCCACCUGCAGUAGCGCAUGAGAUGAAUGUCACACAUGAAACUCGUUACGAUCCCCAGCCUAUCAAAACACUACCAAAUGUGGGUCGCCUUGCUGCGAGGUCAUUCACCAAGAAAACUUCAAAGGAUCCACCCCUGUCAUAUCCCUUCUGGACCGAGGCCCAAGAGUUGUCCAGUUGUCAAGAGCGUGACUCUGUAGAUUACAGGAGAAACAGGACUUUUUGUUAGCCACAGCAGGUCUGCUUUUUCUGCAUUCAGCACUAAGGCCAUUGAUCAAUCUACUAAACGUUGCUGUAAAUGUUACUUGAUUUGUCUCUCGUCAUGGUUGCCCCUGUUCCAAUGAUUAUAAGUUUUUUCGCAACA